GUGGUGGCGAAGUUUGGACGUUGUUUGAGUUCUCCCUAACGUUUGAAAGAGAGUUUUUGACUUUUUGUAACGUUAAAACCAAGGAGACAAGCGCCUGCUUGCUGCUACUUGUCUUCUUCGCUACAACUUCAGUCUUCGCAUCUUCUUCUAUUUUACUUGCCUGUAACUCUCUGCAAAUCAGUCUCCCCCUCUCCCUCUAUAGAUAUACUUUAGAAAUCGAGAAUCUGUUGUUCAGGUUCAUUUCAAUCUCUCUUAAAUCUUAUUUUAACCCGCCAAAUUUCGUAUCACUUUGUCACAGUUAAGCGAAUAUCAGGUUGCAAGAGAGAAAUAAAGACAAAUGGCUGUAGUUGCUUCUGCUCCGGGUAAGGUGUUGAUGACUGGGGGUUACCUUAUCUUGGAAAGACCCAAUGCCGGAAUUGUGCUCAGCACGAAUGCUCGAUUCUAUGCUAUUGUGAAGCCUCUUUACGAUGAAAUUAAACCUGAUAGCUGGGCGUGGGCAUGGACUGACGUGAAAUUAACAUCUCCUCAACUCUCUAGAGAAAGCUCAUACAAAUUGUCACUGAAGAAUUUAACUCUUCAGUGCGUCUCCUCAAGUACAUCAAGGAACCCUUUUGUGGAACAAGCAGUGCAGUAUGCUGUAGCAGCUGCACAUGCAACAUUUGGCAUAGACAAGAAGGAUGUCUUAAACAAGCUACUCUUGCAAGGUCUUGAUAUCACAAUUUUAGGUUGCAAUGACUUCUAUUCAUACAGAAAUCAGAUCGAAGCUCGUGGACUCCCUUUGGCACCGGAAGCAUUGGCUGCACUCCCUUCUUUCACCUCAAUCACCUUCAAUAAUGAGGAUGCAAAUGGACAAAAUUGCAAGCCUGAGGUGGCCAAAACUGGAUUGGGCUCAUCUGCAGCAAUGACCACUGCUGUAGUUGCCUCUUUACUUCAUUACCUUGGAGUGGUUAAUCUUUCAUCCCUAAGUAAAGAUCUUGAUAUAGUGCACAUUAUAGCUCAAACUGCCCACUGUAUUGCACAAGGGAAAGUUGGCAGUGGCUUCGAUGUCAGUUCUGCAGUUUAUGGCAGUCAUCGUUAUGUUCGCUUUUCACCAGAAGUGCUAUCCCCCACACAGGAUUCUGCGAAAGGAAUCCCAUUACAGGAAGUCAUUGCUGACAUCCUAAGAGGCAAAUGGAACCAUGAGAGGACAAUAUUUUCCUUACCACCACUGAUGAACCUGCUGCUAGGUGAACCAGGAAGUGGAGGAUCAUCUACGCCAUCAAUGGUCGGUGCUGUGAAGAAGUGGCAAAAAUCUGACCCCCAAAAGGCCCAAGAAACAUGGAGAAAGUUGUCAGAGUCGAAUUUAGCACUUGAAACACAGUUCAAUAUUUUAAGCAAGCUUGCGGAGGAACACUGGGAUGCAUAUAAAUGUGUUAUAGACAGCUGCAGCCUGCAAAAGGCAGAGAAGUGGAUUAAGCAGGCAACUGAGCCUAGACAAGAAGCAGUUGUUAAAGCAUUAUUAGGAGCAAGAAAUGUGAUGCUUGAGAUCAGAAAUCACAUGCGCAAGAUGGGCGAGGCUGCAGGUGUUCCGACAGAGCCGGAAUCACAAACUCAACUUUUAGAUACUACAAUGGAUAUGGAGGGAGUUCUGUUGGCUGGAGUUCCUGGAGCCGGAGGAUUUGAUGCAGUCUUUGCUGUUACCUUGGGGAACUCUAGCAGCAACAUUACAAAAGCUUGGAGUUCGCUCAAUGUUCUGGCUUUGUUGGUUAGAGAAGAUCCUCGUGGUGUUUCUUUAGAAAGCGGCGAUCCAAGAACCAAGGAAAUUACAUCAGCUGUAUCAUCAAUUCACAUCGAGUAAGGUAAUAAUACUACUCAAUUGUAAUUGAUAAACUAUACCCACCUUCAUGGAGGUGGAAAACUUGAUUUUUCAAAGAAAGACUCGUUUCAAGUCCUCAAUUUUAUCAUGUGGAUUGAUGUUAAAUAGCAAAUGAAUAAAAGAUCCUUGAUCGGACAAUCAAUAGCAAAACUUGUUCUAAUCUCCUUAAAUAAUGUGUAAUAAAUCAGCUUCUUUUUCUUCCA